CUCAACAUAAUUUAUAGGGGGUAUACUGACUUCGUUGGUGCUGCAUGGUUGCAGUACGACGAAGAGUUUAGAAUGAGGGCAGCUUUGAACCCUCAGAUCCCCUGGGAUCAGAUUUACCUUCAGCUGUGGCUGCAUGUUAUGUCUCCUUCGAAACCCAAUUCUGGUGACAGGGCAGAUAGUGGCCACUUGAUCCACCGCCCACAGGCAGCAGGCUCCACCCGCUCCCAGGCGGGGCAGCAGGUUCAACCCCGGCUGCUCUGUUGGGACUUUACCUCAAAGGGCUUUUGCAACAGGAGGGCCUGCAAAUAUAAACACGAAUGCCCGGCUUGUUCCGGACAGCAUGCUUAUUCCUCCUGCCCCAGGGCCAAAUCUGGUGGGGGUAGCAGGCGCUCAGGUGGGGGCGGGGGUCAACAGUCGACUGGAAAAGGGACCCAGCCCGGUAAAUCUGAAAGCGCUUGAGCGUUUACUACCUUACUAUCCCAAGCGUAGUGAUGCGUUGUUCUUGUUGAACGGUUUUAAGUACGGUUUUAGGAUACCAUUUCAGGGCCCGCGGGUUCCUUUCAUGUCUAAAAAUUUACGUUCAGUUUCGGGCAUGGAAGCUGUUGUGCGGGAAAAAAUUUCAAAGGAGUGUGCAGAAGGCAGGGUAUUGGGUCCGUUUUCUAUGCCUCCUGUCCCAUGCCUGCGUGUUUCUCCAUUGGGGGUAGUCCCUAAGAAGGCCCCUGGUGAAUUUCGUUUGAUUCACCACCUUUCUUUUCCAAAGGGGGCAUCGGUUAACGACGCCAUCCCGGAGGAGCUUUGUUCUGUGCGCUAUACUUCCUUUGACCAGGCGGUCAAGGUAGUGCGCAGAUGCGGGGUUGGAGCUUUGAUGGCUAAGUGUGACAUUAAGUCAGCCUUUCGCCUGCUCCCAGUUCACCCUGAUGAUGUUGAUCUACUGGGCUUCUCUUUUGAGGGUCAGUAUUACGUAGACAGGGCCCUUCCCAUGGGGUGUUCAAUUUCAUACGCUGCCUUCGAGCGAUUUAGCUCCUUUUUAGAGUGGGAGCUGCAGAGAAGGUUUAAAUGCCGGGAUACCUGUCAUUACCUCGAUGACUUUAUGUUCAUUGGGCCCGCUGGCACGGCACAAUGUGCCAGCCUGCUGGCGGGCUUUGUAUCCCUGGCUGGAGAACUGGGGGUACCCCUGGCACAGGAGAAGACGGAGGGUCCCUCUCAAGUUAUGACAUUUUUGGGCAUCGAGCUCGAUACGGUUCACCAGUCUUUGCGUCUCCCGACUGACAAGGUACGUAAGCUCAGGGAGAUAUUGUCUGCGUUCAAGGGUAAGCGGAAGGCAUCUCUCCUUGACCUGCAGCAGUUAGUCGGCUCUCUGAAUUUUGCUUGCAAGGCGGUCGCACCUGGCAGGCCGUUCUUACGCCGGUUGUGCGAUGCUAUGGCCGCUCUUCGUGCACCUCACCAUAAAGUUCGCAUUGACGUGGGUAUGCGUGCAGACAUUGAGGUGUGGGAGGAAUUUUUGAGUUCCUUCAAUGGGAUUAUCUUCUGGCGCGAGGAAUUGCUAGUGGGUGCCCAGUUACAAGUAGCUUCAGACGCUUCUGGGUCCACGGGCUUUGGGGUGUUCUUCCGUGGGCACUGGUGUGCGGAACAGUGGCCUAGGGAAUGGGAUGAGAGUGAGGUGGUUAGGGAUUUGACCUUCUUGGAGUUUUUUCCCAUUCUGGUGGCGGUUUUUCUUUGGGGUCAUGAGCUUGCCAACCACGUUGUGCACUUUUGGUGCGACAACAUGGCCGUGGUGCAGGUAGUUAAUUCCCUCACAUCUAAGUCAGUCAGGGUUAUGUCGUUGGUUCGGGCGUUCACAUUGAAGUGCCUGCAGCUUAAUAUACUGUUUAGGGCCAGACACAUGCCGGGUGUCGACAAUGGGGUGGCGGACACUUUGUCUCGCCAACAGAUGGAUCGCUUCAGGCAUCUUGCUCCGGGGGCCGACAGCUUUCCCUCCAGAAUGCCAAUGGGACUGUGGCGCCUUGGCAAGUGGAAGUGAACAGAGCUAUUCAGAUGGCUAUUGCUCCCAGCACUCGUCGAGCGUAUGAACGAGCGGUGCAGCGAGCAACCGUGAGAGGAAGCGGAUUCUUAUAGCUGGCCACAGUAUGGUGUUCUGGGCUGCAGUGCAAGCCAGAAGGACCCCGAUUGGAGCUCAGCUCGGGUUGAGCGAAGAUGCCUCCAUUGAAUGGUUGGGUUGGCGUGGCCUUCGGUGGUCGGGGUUGCUGCAUCUUUUGUUUGGAGGAAGGACAGGUCCUCCCCCCCAUAUCUUGGUCUUGCACGUGGGUGGCAAUGACCUGGGUUUACUGAAAGGGAGAGCCCUGUCACUACAAGUGAUUGCUGAUCUGCGAGUGAUCAAGAGCCAUUGGCCUGAUGUCUACAUAUUUUGGUCUGAGAUGCUCCCCCGUCGUAAAUGGAGGGAGUAUCUUGACCCUAGGGGUAUGGCUCGGGCUAGGCGCAGGGCUAAUAGGGCCAUUCAAAAGGCUUUGGCUAGAGGGCUAGGCAUUUAUCUUCCUCACCCUCGCAUUAAGGCCGCGAAUGCCGCCCUUUACAGGGCUGAUGGGGUUCAUUUGUCCCCGUCUGGCAAUGACAUCUUCUUAGACGACCUGCGGCUCGGGCUCAGGUUGGCACUAGGCCACCUGUGGGGCGCAAGGGCCUAAGCUGAGGCUUGGCCUUUCGCGUUGGCAGGAGAAGUUGGGAAAUAGGGAGCGGGCUGGUGAGCACCCCUUUGGCAAUUCCCCAUCGGUGGGGAAAGGGGUCUCUCAGGAGGGAUGGUAUGCUUCAUGGCUACCACCACCUGUGCAGACUGCCUCCAGGGAACCCCAGGUGCAAGUCCUUCCCUCAUGCUGUAUGGCUGAGGCUUUAGGAGCUUGAGGGGGGAACCCUUUGCCUGGCCGGCCGGGCUGAGGCCAUUCCAUGAAUGGAUUACGCCCGGGGCAGUGGGGGCU